CGAUCCCGGUGCCGAUCCCGGUGCUGAUCCCGGUGCCGAUCCCGGUGCCGCUCCCGGUGCCGCUCCCGGUGCCGCUCCCGGCCCGGGCCAUGUCCGAGGCGUAUUUCCCGGUGGGCCCCGGGCUGGGGAUGGAGGAGAAUUUCCUGUCGCUGGACGACAUCCUGAUGUCGCAGGAGAAGCUGCCGGGGCGCGCCGAGAGCGCUCUGCCGCGCCUGGCCCUGGCGCUGGGACGGGGGGCCGGCGGCGCCGAGUCCGUCCCGGAGGGAUCGAAGCUGGAAAUCCCACUGUGGCUUGCUAAAGGGUUCCACGACAGCAAAAGGAGAAUCAUUUCUGUGGAACUGCCAAAUAUCUACAAGGAAGCCUGGAGGACAGUGUUCAGUGCUGAUGCCAAUGUGGUUGAUCUGCAUAAAAUGGGGCCCUACUACUAUGGAUUUGGCUCACAGCUGCUGAAUUUUGACAAUCCGGAGAAUCCUGAGAUAGCUCAGAGUAUCCUUCAGACGUUCAUCAACCGUUUCCGCCGCAUCAUGGACUCCUCUCAGAACGCCUACAACGAGGACACGUCGGCGCUGGUGGCCCGGCUGGAUGAGCUGGAACGAGCUUUGUUCCAGGUUGGCCAGAAAGGGCUGAAUGAUUUCCAGUGCUGGGAAAAGGGGCAGGCUUCUCAAAUCACAGCUUCCAGUCUGGUCCAGAACUACGGGAAAAGAAAGUUCACGGAAGUGGAUGGUUAAAAACCUGAAGGACACGAAGCUGCGGUGGGGGACACGGGGAGAUUUGCAGCCUGUCUGUCACAGAAAAGGGAAUCAAUUUGGGGAGGGGCAGGCCCCCUGUCCAUUAAUGGGAAUUCUCUGUAACAUCUUUGGAUUGGACUAAUGUAAAUUUUAAAGGCAGAGGGCAAGGGCAUAAAAAAUGGAUCACAUCACAUCACUGAAUAGCUUUGCAGCUUACUCAUUGCACUCCUGAGGAUCUGCAGAUAAAGUGUUUGCUGGGUGGCUGAAAGGCUAUGAGAGGAUUUUCUGAAAGGCUAAUUAAUAUUUAUUAUUCUUCCAAAUUGAUGUUUACAAUACCAGAUCUGGAAAAAAGUGUAAGUUGUGUAUCUUGUCUUGCCUUUCCCCUCCCAAACUCCUGGAAACAGCUUGUUGAUUUUAUAACAGCUAUUUCCAGGUUCCCUGUUCUUCGGAGAGCCCCAGUGAUGUGGAAAAAAUGCAGUGCAAGCAGCAUUAAUUAUUUUUCAUUUCUUACACACUGUGGUGGAACAGGUGCUCUUUGCGAGGCAGGAAUGUUUUUCUUUGCUGACUUCUGUACACAGUGCCCUGGAGAAAAAUACCUCCUCAAACCCACACAACAAGUGGCAGCGCAGGUCUCGUGUGCUGCCUUGUCCUCUCUCUCCCUUUUUGACUCUUGUGACCUUGGUGGUGCACAGGGUAGAGAAUGUUCCUGUUUGAUGCCAGUGGCUUUUGUGAUGGAUGUGUCUCUGUGAUGGCUAUUUUAGAGGAGACAGCAGAAGGCAACAAAGAGUCAAGUCUGGCCCGGAUCAAAAGCAGCAACUUAAGUGGAAAUUCUCCCCUAUUAUCAACCUCUGAGCUAUCUGUUUUCCCAUGAGAAAUUCUUCUGAUUACUAAUGAUCCUACUAAGUGUCAUCCUUGCCAGUAGAAGUGACUGGAUUUGGGACUUGCUGACAGCACAGUGGUGGAUGCCCUUAAACCUGGAUCAUCUCAAGUCCCAUUGGAUUGGAGACAGAAAACAGAUGGUUAUCUCCAUAGGACUUGGUUCCUGCAGUCAUCAGGAUUGUUGCCCUUUGGAAGCAGGUAUGAGACAUCUUCUGGGUGCUUCUAAGCCUCUGUAGAAGGUGGACCUUGCAGAGUGCCUAAGUGGAGGAGCCAGAUCCUGAUGAUACUGAGCACUUCCUCUUCUGUGGGAGUGACUGGGAGGUGACACCAAGAUCCAAAUCUCUGAGGAGUUGUUACUGGACUUGCAGAUGCUCCUGGAUAUUGGAUGCUUCAAACAAGUCCAAAGGGUGCGUGGCCAUUCCUUGGCCAGAGAAGUUCAAGCUCAGCCUGUGGAGGUGGUGAGAGGGGACAGUUUUCUGGCUUCACAAACAUCUUGGUGACCCCACCUCAGCUGCAGAAGGCCAGCUGCCCUGCCAGAGGAGACUAAAUGGAAACUGUGCCUAACAAAAGUAUGUGGCAGGAUCAAAUGCUGCUGCACUUAAUGACUUAAUGGCACCUAAUGGCUUAUGCAUUCUCAUGAAGCUUUUGUCUGUUGUCCAUUUCUGAAUUUUUAUGCUGAAUAAAUAUUUUGUAAGGGAA